AUGAACCCUCCGUCGGGGACAAGAGUCCUGCCCGGCCUGGCCCAGGAGUGGAACAGCACCCAGAAAAAUGUCUCCUCUGCCAGACUUCACUUUCCGCCUGUUAACACCACGGUGGCUGGGGCUCAGGCUGCUACCUGGGUCCCCUUCCCCACGGUCAAUGUUCCAGACCAUGCCCACUAUAUCCUGGGGACGGUGAUCCUGCUGGUGGGGCUCACAGGGAUACUAGGCAAUCUGACUGUCAUCUACACCUUCUGCAGGAGCAGAAGCCUGAGGACACCAGCCAACAUGUUCAUUAUCAACCUGGCUGUCAGCGACUUCUUCAUGUCAGUCACGCAGGCCCCGGUCUUCUUUGCCAGCAGCCUCUACAGAAGGUGGCUCUUCGAGGAGGCAGGCUGCAAGUUCUAUGGCUUCUGUGGGGCGCUCUUUGGCAUCACCUCCAUGAUCACCCUGACCGCCAUAGCCCUGGACCGCUACCUGGUGAUCACACGUCCCCUGGCCACCAUCGGGGCAGCAUCCAAGAGACGGACGGCGCUUGUCCUGCUGGGUGUCUGGCUCUAUGCCCUGGCCUGGAGUCUGCCCCCUUUCUUUGGCUGGAGUGCCUAUGUCCCCGAGGGGCUGCUGACCUCCUGCUCCUGGGACUACAUGACUUUCACGCCCGCGGUGCGUGCCUACACCAUGCUGCUGUUCUGCUUCGUGUUCUUUCUCCCGCUGCUCCUCAUCAUCCACUGCUACGUCUUCAUCUUCAAGGCCAUCCGCGAGACAGGCCGGGCUUGUGAGGGCUGUGGCGAGUCCCCUCAGCGGCGGAGGCAGUGGCAGCGGCUGCAGAGUGAAUGGAAAAUGGCCAAGGUGGCGCUGUUGGUCAUCCUCCUCUUUGUACUCUCCUGGGCCCCCUACUCCACGGUGGCUCUGGUGGCUUUCUCUGGGUAUGCACACGUCUUGACACCCUACAUGAACUCGGUGCCAGCUGUUAUUGCCAAGGCCUCUGCCAUCCACAACCCCAUCGUUUAUGCCAUCACCCACCCUAAGUACAGGAUGGCCAUUGCUCAGCACCUGCCCUGCCUAGGGGCACUUCUGGGCAUGUCGGGCCAGCGCAAGCGCCCCUCCCCCAGCUACCUGUCAACUCAGCGCUCCACACUGAGCAGCCAGGCCUCCGACGUCAGCUGGAUCUCUGGCCGGAAGCGUCAGGAGUCCCUGGGCUCUGAGAGUGAGGUGGGCUGGACGGACACAGAGGCAACCGCUGCAUGGGAAGUUGCCCAGCAAGCGAGUGGACGGUCUCCCUGUAGUCAGGGGUUGGAAGACAAGGAAAUCAAGACUCCUCCAAGGUCCCAGGGACAAGAAGCCAAGACUCCCAGGAAGACCAAAGGGCACCUUCCCAGCCUGGACCCCAGGCUGUAG